AGAAGCAGUUUAUCCCUGCAGAAAUUACAUGCGGAAGUAGUGGUCGUCAAUGCUGGUGAAAAGAGGCUCUGUAGUUGCUAACUAUGAUCUUUGAGUUUACUGUAUAAUUACCUAGCUGCUUUUUACACGCAUAGUGUAGUUAAAUUAAAGUCCAUUAUGGCUGGAAGUCGACUUGAAAAAUUCGGAACGGUGUUCACGCGGUAGGUCCAAAUGUCGUGUUGCUAGCUAGCUAAUGUUAGCCAGCAUAAUUUCGGUGUCAAGGUUACUGGAGGAUACUAUUUAGUUUUCUAGACCCUUUAGCGUUUGCUAGCUAGCUAAUGUUAGCUAGAUACAAUUUUCUUUGAUGGUUGACUGUCUUUUCUGCAACUUGUAGCAAAUGGAAUCUUGGCUAUGGUUCCGCGUAAUAGAAAUGAAUGCACCGUUAGCUAGAUACAGUGGGGAGAACAAGUAUUUGAUACACUGCCGAUUUUGCAUGUUUUCCUACUUACAAAGCAUGUAGAGGUCUGUAAUUUUUAUCAUAGGUACACUUCAACUGUGAGAGACGGAAUCUAAAACAAAAAUCCAGAAAAUCACAUUGUAUGAUUUUUAAGUAAUUAAUUUGCAUUUUAUUGCAUGACAUACGUAUUUGAUACAUCAGAAAAGCAGAACUUAAUAUUUGGUACAGAAACCUUUGUUUGCAAUUACAGAGAUCAUACGUUUCCUGUAGGUCUUGACCAGGUUUGCACACACUGCAGCAGGGAUUUUGGCCCACUCCUCCAUACAGACCUUCUCCAGAUCCUUCAGGUUUCGGGGCUGUCGCUGGGCAAUACAGACUUUCAGCUCCCUCCCAAAGAUUUUCUAUUGGGUUCAGGUCUGGAGACUGGCUAGGCCACUCCAGGACCUUGAGAUGCCUCUUACGGAGCCACUCCUUAGUUGCCCUGGCUGUGUGUUUCGGGUCGUUGUCAUGCUGGAAGACCCAACCACAACCCAUCUUCAAUGAUCUUACUGAGGGAAGGAGGUUGUUGGCCAAGAUCUCGCGAUACAUGGCCCCAUCCAUGCUCCCCUCAAUACGGUGCAGUCGUCCUGUCCCCUUUGCAGAAAAGCAUCCCCAAAGAAUGAUGUUUCCACCUCCAUGCUUCACGGUUGGGAUGGUGUUCUUGGGGUUGUACUCAUCCUUCUUCUUCCUCCAAACACGGCGAGUGGAGUUUAGACCAAAAAGCUCUAUUUUUGUCUCAUCAGACCACAUGACCUUCUCCCAUUCCUCCUCUGGAUCAUCCAGAUGGUCAUUGGCAAACUUCAGACGGGCCUGGACAUGCGCUGGCUUGAGCAGGGGGACCUUGCGUGCGCUGCAGGAUUUUAAUCCAUGACGGCGUAGUGUGUUACUAAUGGGUUUCUUUGAGACUGUGGUCCCAGCUCUCUUCAGGUCAUUGACCAGGUCCUGCCAUGUAGUUCUGGGCUGAUCCCUCACCUUCCUCAUGAUCAUUGAUGCCCCACGAGGUAAGAUCUUGCAUGGAGCCCCAGACCGAGGGUGAUUGACUGUCAUCUUGAACUUCUUCCAUUUUCUAAUAAUUGCGCCAACAGUUGUUGCCUUCUCACCAAGCUGCUUGCCUAUUGUCCUGUAGCCCAUCCCAGCCUUGUGCAGGUCUACAAUUUUAUCCCUGAUGUCCUUACACAGCUCUCUGGUCUUGGCCAUUGUGGAGAGGUUGGAGUCUGUUUGAUUGAGUGUGUGGACAGGUGUCUUUUAUACAGGUAACGAGUUCAAACAGGUGCAGUUAAUACAGGUAAUGAGUGGAGAACAGGAGGGCUUCUUAAAGAAAAACUAACAGGUCUGUGAGAGCUGGAAUUCUUACUGGUUGGUAGGUGAUCAAAUACUCAUGUCAUGCAAUAAAAUACAAAUAAAUGACUUAAAAAUCAUACAAUGUGAUUUUCUGGAUUUUUGUUUUAGAUUCUGUCUCUCUCUCACUGUUGAAGUGUACCUAUGAUAAAAAUUACAGACCUCUACAUACUUUGUAAGUAGGAAAACCUGCAAAAUCGGCAGUGUAUCAAAUACUUGUUCUCCCCACUGUAGCUCUUUGUAUGUGAAAUUGAGAAUGCAUGGGAUGCAUUUGCUCUAUUGUUUACAUUUUUGCUGGUGGCUCACUGGUUUCCUUUUCAGAGUCAGAGAUCUUAUGCGUUCUGGAGUUGUCAAACAGUCUGACAAGCCCAUUUGGUAUGAUGUAUACAAGGCCUUUCCACCCAAGAAGGACCCACUUUAUGUCAGACCAGUGGCCAAGAUCUAUGGGAAGAAAGAAGUGGCAGUGCCAGACAUCUUCUACAGAGAGGAUGAAAUCAGAGCGUAAGUUAAUUAAACGGUUUGCCUUAAACUUUUUACUGCCAAUCAAAAGCUGUUAGGAAUGGAAAUGUUGAUUUGUUGAUCAGCACCGGUCUCUCUAUCAGGACAUUUUAUGAGGUGUAUGGAACAGGACCCAGAGCUUUUGAUCUUUCCAAAUCCAACUUUGUUUCAACAUGCCAAAGGUAUGGGCAAAUCUUCACAAUGAAUCACAUUGGUCACAUCAUAGGUCAAGUUUUGGGAUUCCACAUGUCUGUAAUGCUGGAUCCUAACUACUGCAAUUCUAUAAAGGGAUGUUUUCCUUUGUGUAGGUUUGUGGAGAAGUACACAGAGUUAGAGAGCCAGGGAGAGCGGGAGAAACAGUCCCUGUUUGAGGAGGCUGGGAAGGCUCUCCUUGCUGAGGGCUUAGUGUUGAGGAGGAGGGGUGUUCCUGCGGUGAGUAGACUGUUCAAAUGAUACAACUUAUUAAGUGUAAUGCUGGCUGCCCUUUUCCCAAAUACUGUAUAGACAGAUAUGUACUAAUCACUUACAAUCAUGUAAUUAUUUUGCACUAUGGCCUAUUUAUUGCCUUACCUCCAUAAUUUACUACAUUUGCACACACUGUAUAUAGAUUUUCUAUUGUGUUAUUGACUGUACGUUUUGUUUAUCCCAUAUGUAACUCUGUGUUGUUGUUUUUAUCGCACUGCUUUGCUUUAUCUUGGCCAGGUCGCAGUUGUAAAUGAGAACUUGUUCUCAACUGGCUUACCUGGUUAAAUAAAGGUGAAUUAAAAAAUAAAUAAAUAAAGACCUUCUGUUUGCAACUGACUGGCUGCACUUUUUCCGGUUGGCCUGCAGGUGGCAUCAGAGACCAGGGAUCCAGUGUUGGGCAUGAAGCUGACAGACAUGUUGGCGGAACAGCAGACAGAUGCACCUGGCGAAACACAGACACCGGGAGAAGAGACGCCAACACAAGCACCAGUGACUCCACAGUAGGCCUCUGCAACAUGGCUUCAACCACACUCUUCACCUAGAUGGAACCAACCAUCCACCUCCACUGACUAAAAAGGGGACUUUCUGAACAAUGUGGAUUAAUGGGCCUGGGCAGCUCUCACGACCGUCCGUCUUGACUGCAGGGUUUUGAGUGGUAAUGUGUAGGAGUCCAAGUUAUUGUACAUUUUUGGUCUGGAACCUUGUGAGACUGAUGUUAUGCAUAAGGUUGUAAAUGUAUAUUCAGUGUGUGAAACAUAUACUGUAUGUCCUACUGAACUCUUGAGAAUUCACUUUCAAGAUGGUGGUUACUUUGCAGUGUGCUUUCAGACUUUCGACAGGACACCCCUGUUGAUAUGAGGUGACGUCGCUGUGAUGAUC